GAUGCGCUGGGGAAAGCGGCCGGCUUCGGUUAACGGGUCGCGGAGGGGGACCCGCCGCUGGUAAUCCGCGGGGCCGCGCUGCGGGAGGCUCUCCGCGCUGUGGGGUUCGGAGAAGAGGAGGAGACCACCUGCAUGACAAACUAGCUAAAAUAAGUUCUUCAGAUAACCAGGAUGCACUUCCAGUGGGACUGGCUGUGCUUGGGUGUCCUGAUAAUUAGCUCAGUGACUGCAGAAAUUGAAAACAAAGAAACGGUGGAUGCAGAUGUUGAAGUGGAGGAUUUUGACAAGCAGUCUCAACAAGCUGAUGUCGACAGAGAUAAAUCUUCCUUAGAGGUUGUGUACCAGACGCCAAAACCCACUGGGGAGGUGUAUUUUACAGAAACCUUUGAUGGAGUAUUGUCUGGGUGGGUGUUGUCUAAAACCAAGAAAGAAGACACGGAUGAUAACAUUGCAAAAUAUGAUGGAAGAUGGGAAGUAGAAGAGCUGAAAGAAAACACAGUGUCUGGAGACAGAGGAUUGGUGUUAAAAUCGGUGGCAAAGCAUCAUGCAAUAUCAGCUAUGCUGACAAAGGCAUUUGUUUUCAAUAAUAAACCUUUGAUUGUUCAAUAUGAAGUGAAUUUUCAAGAAGGCAUUGACUGUGGCGGUGCCUAUAUUAAACUUCUCUCCAGUAGUGAUGACUUGAAUCUGGAAUACUUUUUUGACAGAACACCUUAUACUAUUAUGUUUGGACCAGAUAAAUGUGGAGAAGAUUACAAACUACACUUUAUCUUCAGACAUAAGAAUCCUAAAACUGGAGAAUAUGAUGAAAAACAUGCAAAACGCCCUGACGUAGACCUAAAAAAAUUCUAUCUGGACAAGAAGACGCAUCUCUAUACUCUUGUGCUAAAACCAGAUGAUACAUUUGAAAUGUUAAUCGACCAAUCAGUUGUCAGUAAAGGAAGUCUUCUUGAGGAUAUGGUUCCUCCAGUGAACCCUCCCAAAGAAAUAGAGGAUCCUAGUGAUAAGAAGCCUGAUGAUUGGGAUGAGAGACCAAAAAUACCUGAUCCAAAUGCUGUCAAACCAGAUGACUGGGAUGAAGAUGAGCCUUCCAAAAUAGAAGAUCCUGAUGCUGUUAAGCCUGAGGGAUGGCUUGAUGAUGAACCACAGUAUGUUCCGGACCCUAAUGCAAAAAAACCGAAAGACUGGGAUGAAGAAAUGGAUGGGGAGUGGGAAGCCCCUCAGAUCCCUAAUCCAAAGUGUGAGACUGUACCUGGUUGUGGGCACUGGGUGCGUCCCAUGAAGAAUAACCCAAAAUAUAAAGGAAAAUGGAAAGCACCUAUGAUAGAUAAUCCUAACUAUCAGGGAAUCUGGAGCCCUCGGAAAAUACCGAAUCCAGACUAUUUUGAAGAUCUUCACCCAUUCGAGAUGACGACUGUCAGUGCUAUUGGUUUAGAACUCUGGUCUAUGACGUCUGAUAUCUACUUUGAUAACUUCAUUAUAUGUUCAGAAAAAGAAGUAGCAGAUCGUUGGGCAGCAGAUGGCUGGGGCUUGAAGAAGUUAGUAGCAAGUGCUAAUGAGCCUGCUAUGUUUAGUCAACUGGUGACUGCUGCAGAAGACCAUCCAUGGCUCUGGGUUCUUUACGUCUUGACUUUAGCACUCCCUGUUGGUUUAGGUGUGUUGUUCUGCUGGCCAGCAAAGAAAACAGAUGAAGAUAUUGACUUCACAAAACCUGAUAUAGCUAAACAAAUUACAAAGGGAGAACUAAAGCGAGAGAGAGAGGAGUUAGAAGAUGAUGAAAUAGAAUUAGAAGAAGAAAAGGAAAACGAAGAUACUGCUGAAGAUGAGAGAAGAGAAAUGGAGGAGACAAAAAGAGAGCUUAUAAAGGAUACAGAGAAGAUAGGUGGGGAGGCUCCUCCUUCAGAAGAUGAGGGUGAAGGUGGUGAAGAUAUCUAUGAUGAAGAAGAAGAAAAUGAAGUUGCAGAUGGAAGUCAGGAAGAAGGUGAUAAGUCAAAUAAAUCUGGCUCAGAAGAUGAGAUGAAAGAAGCCGAUGAAAGCACAGGUUCUGGAGACGGUCUGCUGAAAUCAGUGCGCAAAAGAAGAGUACGAAAGGACUGAGUUACUUCCAGCUAGUAGUUGUAGGUCUAGAGAAUAGUAACUUCUGGUAUGCCACUUCAGUGGGCCUGACAGCAUGCAAGUUCCUGAGAUUUGAAGGGAAAAGGGGGCCUCAUUGUUACUGAACCUCCUACUUUAAUUCUCUAAUCUUUUUUUAACCUUCCCAAACUUCCUUGAUUCCUUUUUAAAAGGAGAAAUACUGUCUGUGAGGAGUAGGCUGAUGUUCCAAAUUCAGAACAGAAGUGAAAUUACAAGUUGGCCAACUGAUUCUAAGGUGAAGAUUCUUAAUGUUUGAAGAUUCCUAGAAAUUAGUAUUAGUUGGAGAUAAACUUACUCUAAAUAUUUUUUAAAAACAUGAGUAAAUGAUAUUUUUGCAGCUCUAGCACAAAAUUAGCUGUUUAUACUUUUCAGCUAAAAGAGAAUGAUAGUAUAGAUGUAGCAUCUAUAGCAGUUCAUGUUGCUACGAGAAAAGGUGGGUUUUUUUCUGUGCUGAGCUAAAUGCAAUAAUUGUUUUUGUAUGAUGGUUAGUGCUAGCAACAAUUUUUAUUGUAAAUUAUUUAUUUUAGUUGAUCUUGUUACAUGGGUAGUCACCUGUUCACUGUAGACAUUGGUUACAGUAAUUUAUUUUUAAAAGAUAUUUUAAAAUAGAAUACUCAUAGAACAAGUGGUAAUUGAUGUGACUUGUUUUACUUUUGAAUGCAGAUAUCAAAGCUGCAGAAGUGGUAUACAGACGAUUUUUUUCAAACUUUUAUAGUUCUCAUGUUCCAAGCCAGAGUGGUAUAACCUCUGUUUAUAGAAUACUUGCUAAGUGUACAUUGCCUCCUAAAAAUAUUUAAUAAUUCUUGUUUAACAUGAAAUUUAUUAAUAUAGAUAAGGAUUUUUGAUGGAUUAAGUUUUUUACAGAUGUGAGUAACUGGGCAUUCUCAUAAUAUAGUAUAAAUAAACUGCAUAUUGUAAAAGAAAUUUUGUUAACGUUCGGCUGUAUAUUAAACAAUAAAACUGCAGUCAGCAGAAACGUUUUGCUGCUUGGCAGCUGCCUGUAAUACUAGUAGGAUGUAAAAUGCGAGCAAAAGCAGUCAUACAUUAAAACCAAGCAGAAAUACAUUAAUGCAUAAGGAACCUAACAGAUUUCCUAGUGCCUGGAAAGAAGUUAGUUCACUUAAGUAUUUUCAUAGCAAAUCAAGCCAGCAAAGAUUCCAUGGAAAUCUCUAACAAGCGAGUGCUUAAAUAACUGUGAUGAAGAAGCCAGUGUCUUCAAGCACUUGUGUUGAAGUGUUCAAAAUUAUAUUGGACUCUAUUUCACGUGAUCUACAUGGAAAGGCCUCUUUUUC